UUACUCACUGAUACUAGUCUAUUGCCUCGUCUUCCCAUUUUCUUGAUACUUCAGCUAUAUAUUCUUCUACAUUUCCCUAUAUGCCACUGUAACCCUCGUCUCUUUACCCCUCUUAUGCUAUAUAUAUAUAUUCUGUUUAUCCUCCCUUUUAACGUUCCCAUUCCUUUUCACCGCAGUCAGCUACCUUUCUUUUUGCUCUGGCUUUAGACGCACAUCUAUUCUUUACCUAGUCCUACCGCUUGCUCUCAUCUUGGUUGUGACUCUCUCCCUCUCUCUCUCUUUCAUAUUACACCAGCUGUUCGUAUUCAUAUUUCCUUUCAUGGGGACCUUAGAGGAAAGAUUAAACGAGCAGUUGACACCAGUAGUCCAGCCGCCACCAGCAGUGGCGAAACCAAGCGGCAAUACAAAUCAUUCGAUCGAAACCCUUGUUGUUGUCUUAGCUGUGAUCACUAUAGCAGCUGUUAUUGCAGGGAUUCUUGCACGGUUAUGCGGUGGGCGACACUUUGGCGGCAAUGGAGAGCAUGACAUAGAAGGUUGGGUAGAGAGCAGAUGUAGGAGUUGUAUUGAUGGUGGAAUCCCCGCCCCGCCACCCCCGCCAGCAGAGGCAAAGCCAGCAGCGGCAGCGGCAGCAGAAGAGGCAAAGAAGUGAAUAUGGCCAUAGAAGUGCAGAACUAAGGCAUCAUAGCAGAAAAUAUCUUGGAAUAUUAUCACAUAUUAACAUUGUUUUAGCUUAGUAGAGAGUGAUUACGCUUUUACUGCUUCAGUGGAGUGCCAUUCAUCAUCAUAUGCUAAGUAUCAUUUAACAGAACAAUUAAAAGGGAUGUCGAGUAAUGAUUUCAGCAGAAACUUAAUAGAGUGUAUGCCUUUUUAUCUUCAAUUAGACUGAUCAGUUUGCAGUUU